GAUUGGCGGUUGGUGAUGAUUGCGACCGGCGGCCUGCUGCGCAUCAACGCUCGGCGCCAAGACUCCCUGAAGACACACAAACACAGAGACACACACCAGAGGAAGAGCAAGAAGAAGAGGCGCAGCGAGGUGGUGGUGGUGAAGGGGAAGCUGCAGCUGUUCUCCGUGUCCGGCCUGGUGGCGGCGCUCGGCGUGCUGGUGCUGCUGGUGGGCGUCGUCAUGGCGGCGCUGGGCUACUGGCCGCGGGACGGACUCUUCUUCAGCGCUGCCGCGCCGCGGGAGGGCGCCGCCAUGGCCUCCGUGUCCACCGCCGGCUCCACGCCCCCUCCUGCUGACGCUCAGGGAGGAGGAGAGGAAGAAGGAGGAGGAGGAGGAGGAGGAGGAGGAGGAGGAGGAGGAGAUGAAGGUUUAAACCAGACAGAAAGCAUCAACGGGACGACCCGACAACUUCCACAAAGCUUUCUGGAGGAUUUUUUAGACAGGUAUCUGUACUCUGACCGGCUGAAGGUUUUCGGUCCGCUCAUCAUGGGCAUCGGGAUCUUCCUCUUCAUCUGUGCGAACGCCGUCCUGCACGAGAACCGCGACAAGAAGACGAAGGUGAUCAACCUGCGGGACAUCUACUCCACCGUCAUCGACCUGCACAGCCUCCGUAGAGCGCCGGGCGCCGCCGCCGGCCGCCGCUCCUCCGCCGCCACCAACCCGCUCAACGGCCUCGUCAACUACGUCCAGUCCCGCAGCCUGGAGGCGAAGCCCAGGGCGUACCCCGCCUCGCUGCAGGGCGGCCGCCCCCCCCCCGCCGGCCAGUCGUCACGGCAACCGUUGCCCGGCAGCAGCGGGGGAGGAGGGGACGGGGGAGGAGACUCGGUGUUCAGUAUCUACCGGGAGGUGCCUGAGGCUCCGCCCUCCCCCGCCUCCUCCCACAGACUCCGCCUCCCCGCCGCCUGGACCUCCCCACAGAAGGAGGUGCUCGGCUCCUCCACGCUACCGCGGCCCCACCCCCGCCCCGCCUCCCCCCGCCGGCGCCACUCUGCCCGGGCCGCGACAGGGCGGAGGAGGGAGAGGGGGGUGGGGGAGGGGGUGUGUCUCCCUCCUCCUCUCAGCUCCUCCACGCCGCCCUGUAGCUCCUCCCACCUCCACAGGGAGCUCCUCCUCUCCUUCUCCUCUCUCAGCCCCUCCCACAUGUCCCUGUCCUCCCUGUCCCACCUCCUGUCCUCCUCCUCCUCCACGCCGGCCCCGCCCUGCAGGAGGCGGAGCCUGCCGACCGCCGGCGUUGCCGCGGGUUACAGUAAACUGACGCACGGCGAGGACGAGUCGUUCGAGUCGACCGACGUGACGACAUCACACAGGAAGUACUCCAACAGGGAGAAGCUGAGGAUGAUGUCGCAGGUGGACUGUGGCCAGGGGCGGGACCAGGACCAGCAGGAGCCAAUCAGGAGCUAGCUGAUUGGUGAUUGACAGCACAAGUCAUGUGACUUUUUAAUGACAUCACACUAUGAAGUGUUUGUUGGUUCUGAUUGUAGCAAUAAAGUCUUCCAGCACAAAGUUCAGACAGACAGGAGGACAGACAGACAGACAGACAGGAGGACAGGAGGACAGACAGACAGACAGACAGACAGACAGGAGGACAGACAGACAGACAGACAGACAGACAGGAGGACAGGAGAACAGACAGACAGGAGGACAGACAGACAGACAGACAGGAGGACAGGAGAACAGACAGACAGGAGGACAGACAGACAGACAGACAGACAGACAGACUGACAGACAGAGGGACAGACAGACAGGAGGACAGACAGACAGACAGACAGACAGACAGACAGGAGGACAGACAGACAGACAGACAGAGGGACAGACAGGGAGACAGACAGACUGACAGACAGACUGACAGACAGACAGACAGACAGGGAGACAGGAGGACAGACAGACAGACAGGAGGACAGACAGACAGACAGACAGAGGGACAGACAGGGAGACAGACAGACUGACAGACAGACAGACAGACAGACAGACAGACAGGGAGACAGACAGACUGACAGACAGACAGACAGGGAGACAGACAGACUGACAGACAGAGGGACAGACAGACAGGAGGACAGACAGACAGACAGACAGACAGACAGACAGACAGACAGAGGGACAGACAGACAGGGAGACAGACGGACAGACAGGGAGACAGACAGACAGACAGACAGACAGACAGACAGACAGGGAGACAGACAGGGAGACAGAUGGGUCCUUUAACUCUGAACGUGUUUCUUCCAUCAGAAGUUUUUUGAACUGUAGAAUUGUUAAAAUGAAUUUAUAAUAUUAAUGAAUUAUUGCAGAAUGUUCCUGUUAUUUUAUAAACACUGUGAAAUGUUUCACACAUUAACGUUCAUCAGCAUGAAGCAGAACAUCACCGUCCAAUCAGCUGAGGCCUCUCACCGUCCAAUCAGCUGAGGCCUCUCACCGUCCAAUCAGCUGUCAUGGCUCUGACUGCAUCAGUAAUAAUAAUAAAGCACAUGAAGUUC